AUGCAACUGUCCUAUCACCUGUAGGUGGACAGUGUUACAGCAUUGGAGGAGUUCAGCUCAUUUGCUGAGUCUCUGACCUCAGCUCUGCUCACUGAUCCGGGCUCCUGGAGGAAGGAAAUGACCCAGCUCGUACUUCAGCUUUUGUGUGCCUGUCAGCUCAGUGUGCAACUGGGAGGAGAGCUCAUGUCUCUCCUUCACACACUCCACCAGCUAAUACCUGCCCAUGUGGAUGACCUUCCAUCUGAGCAAGUGAUAAUGGGAAUCUCCCUACUUCUGCUAAGAGCCUCCACCUCUCAGCAGACUGCCCUCUUAGAGCUCGCUGUGAAGAUUGUCCCACCUGAUAUAUCACCUCCCUGGGGCAUAUCUUUGUUGUUAAUGCCAUUGUUGCAGGUGCUGUCAUGCUCCACCCUCAUGGAGGCUGUGACAGACAUCCAAAUACACUUGAAAAACCUUAAAGUGGCCAAUUCGCUGUUGCAGACGGUCCAGAGAGAACCCUCCAUUCGAAAAGAGGUGACUCAUCUAACUGAACUCUACACGAUUGAGUUUCCUCUCAGCACUUGGUACAGUGAAAUUCAGGUGGCCACCAGCACCUUACACCGAAUUUCCAUGGACUCCAUGUCUUCUGUUAAAUGGCUUUACUCCCUCCGGUCUUCACUCUCUGUCUGCGAGCACAUCCCAGAUACUGUUUGUCUCCUGGUCGACCACCUUAUAGUCAGCACUCAUGGGGACUGCUGCAGAUUAGCUAUGGACACAGCUGCUGCUAUCGCUGAGAGUGAUCCUGCAAAGGUUCCAGGUCUACUUCCUGUCCUGAUGUUUAAACUGGGCAGAGUGUCUGAUUCAGCUUUGUCUCGCUCUGUCCUCUACACUCUUCCAAGGCUGGGAACUCACAAGUUCUGUAUCCUGCAGGUUCUUCAUGUACUUCAGACUCUGGGUAGCUCACCCAGACUGAGCCUGGAUCUGUAGCUUCUCUCUCUCUUAUGGCAAAAACAGGACCGUGUGUAUCCAGACCUGUUGAGACUGAUGUCCUCUGUGGUCAUUGGUAAAGAGACUCAGUGGGAGCAGAUAUUGGCUAGGGCAGCCUGUGUCAGGGACAUCUGCAGGGAGAGGCCAUACCAGCAUGGAGGAGACAUGCUGGAUGCCAUCACUGAGACACUGACUCAAUUCUCCAGGAAGGAUCAGGCCACCCCAGCUGCUCUGGCACUGCAAGGCUUACAGGAGCUCUGUAGAGCUGAGGUAGUUGAUAUCAGCUCUACAUGAAAAGCUAUCUCUCCUAAAUUGUGCUGUGACACCAGACCCCUGGUCCUUAAUGCCACUGCUGAAGUGCUGGCAUUGGUAACUGCUUUGAAUGUCAAAACAGACGAAUAUGAGAAAUUCAAAAAUGAGGCAGUCAUUGUUUUAUGGGGCUAUGCUCUUAGUCAGGACCCAGAAGUUGCAAGCCAUGGUUUCAAAGCUCUCUCAAAAUACCCUGAACCUUCCCACACCAUUCUACACUUACCAGAACAGGUCAGGCCUGAUCCAAAGCAGCCGGACGAUGAGGACAAAGGGAAAGAAAAUGAGAAUGAGGAGAAGGACAAAGAUAUUUCAGUGCCAGGGUCAUCAUAUGUGAAGCUAGUUCAACUCACCGCAAGACCUGUUUUACCAGCCCUUGAAACGUUCCUAGCAGCACUAGUGAGGCAAGAGAUGAGCCAGAUGCCCCGUGGCAUGUACCAUUCAGCCCUGAGUGGGGGAAAUUUGGAUUUGGACCAGGGAAAAACUGUGUCUGGAAUUCCUUCUUUCAUGCUGAAAACAUAUGAGAAGAACAAGCAGCCAGGUCUAAAACCUGGUUUAGCAGCUGGACUUCUGCUCUGUUAUGACCUUCCUGUUCAGACUGACAAAGAUGGAUGGCCAAUCACCUGCUUCCUUGUCAGCAAAGGUCGAAGAUUUCAACAGAUGUUAGCCAGCCUUAUUCAUGAGGUGAACAUCCAGCCAUCUGAGUGGCACCGCCCUCUGCUCCUCCCUCAGGCCUGGCGGGGCUUCAUGAGCAAUGCUUACCAUGCAGUUCUCCAGGGUCGAAAGGCAGAGCUUGAGAUGCAACAGAAACAGGGUAAAGAGAGUCCAGAAGAACUGCAAUACAAACAGCACUGUGCCUGGCUCUGGGUCAGGGACCAACUGACUGAUGUGGUCAAAUCUGCUGCCAAGUGCGUUACUGAUGCUCGCUCUUACUCCGGUGAGAACACUGCUAGUGUGAUCGCCCAGUCCUGUGCUGCUCUGGGUCUGGCACUGCUGGUUCCCAUGCUGGUGACAAAACACAAAGAGAUCGUGCCCGCUAUACUUGGCACUCUAGCGGCAGAGCUGCCGGGCUCGCCCACCACAGAUGAAUCUCAGGCAGUACAGUUCCACAGCGGACUGACUCUGGACAUGUUCCUAGCGUGGCUGCACGAUGAAAGAGUCAGUGAUAUAUCUGGACAGUCUGUGACAGAGCUGUUAAUGAAACAUCUUGAGCCUCUAGAAGCUUGCUCCUUUAAUCCCAAUCUGGAGUACAAUGCUGGUUGUGUGUUAGGUGUUGGGUUGGUGCUGAGUUCUCUCAGCUGCAGUAGUCAUUCUGAGCAUGAUCAUGCCCAUGUGUCUCAGACUCUGGACAGACUCCUGCAAACACUGCAGGACAGCAGCAGUGUAGGCCGCAUGCUACAGGAGGUUUUGGCCUAUUCUGUCGCUUGUGUUGGAGUAUCAGCAUUCAGCUCAGGUAUUAUUGAGGCCAGUAAGGCAGAGGAAACCAUGAACACACUUCGCUCUCUGACAGAGGAAAGCCAACAGACAACAGGUUUUGCUGUGGCAUUGGGACUUACAGUGUAUGGUCUCUCUUCCUGUGGUCAUGGUAAAGCUGUGGACAUCCAGCCUCACCUGCUGGCAGCCUGGACCAAGAUCCUGCUGGCGGAGGGAUGUCCCACAAUGCAGAGGCUGUCUGCCCUCAAUGGACUUUUCACAUUAGUGGGAUCAGAGACUGCUCUCAUUCAGCUAAAGAGUGAAUCUGCAUCCUCACUGCAGCAGGGCAGACUGAAUGAGGGCCUACAUGCUAUUACACAGAUCAUCACUUUCUCAGGGACGAUUGGACUGCAGUCAAACGGGGCAUGUCUUCUUGGACACCUGCAUCUGGCCCACAUGUCCAGUAGCCACUGUCGAACUGCAGUUCCUCAGGACUUUGGUUACCUCCCAGAGAAAAGUGUCAUCUGAGCGAGUAUAGACUUCAUCACUGAAGCAGGUUGGAAAGGGCCUGAGUUCACUCCUCCACACUUGGUGAAGACGGUGCUGGCAGCAUUAGACACAGCUGGCGGAAGCUUCCAGUAUCCUCUGGUCAAUUGGAGUGCCAUUCUCUCCCCGCUGAUGAGACUCAACUUUGGUGAGGAGGUGCAGCAUCAUUGUUUGGAGUUAGCCAUCAGUCAGGUCCAGUCCUCCCAAAGUGCUUCACAUUUCCUUGGGAUUUGGCUUGCACCUCCCUUGGUUCAUAGCUUGAGUCUCAGCACCAGGGCUCAUCUGUACGAGUGCAUGAGCUCCUGGAUGAAGCAUGUGGCUGAAGACAAACUGCAGGUGUAUGUGGACAGUCUGGCAUCCCAACAGUUUGAUCCAGACACACGUCCCCAGCGCCUCCCCCUUUGCCUCUCCAUCCUAAAUGGCUUGUCCAAAGCCAUGGCUGUCCCCAACCCUCCCCAGAACUGCUGGACCACCAUGUGCUCUACAACUGGAAAGAUCUACAACCUCUUACCUGACAGUAUACAGGCUGGCGAGGUGGACCUUUAUGAAGGGAUAUGUUUAUGUCUGUCUGAAAUGAGUGACUCAGAGAUAGACUGCAUAGUCAAAGUCACUGAGGCUAAUGUGGAAAAGACAGCUUUCAUCCUAUCCUACCUGACUUCUAAAGGCAGAGUCCCUCUUCUUGGUCUCAGUGACGUCAUUAGUACUCUUCUCCUGGUGUGGAAUAAGAAGCAAAUCAGCUGGCUUCUCCUGCAGUGCCUCCACCAAUCACAGUUUGCCUCUAGUCCCAGUACAGGUGUCUCUAAAAGAAUGAAGUGGCUAUUGGACUUAAUGGGCCACAUCAGAAAUGUUGCUUAUGGAUCUCCCACUGUCAAAUGUGUCAAUGUUUUGGAGGGAACAGACUUCCUCCUCAGUGUGUUUGCAGCAGCCGUGGUGUCUUGGGCUGACCAUUGUGUGCCUCUUCUCGUUGGCAUCAGAGCCCAGUGGUUUCCAUGGCGACAGUCCUCUCAGACAUCAGAAAUGUCCCAUGAUCUGUAUGUCAACCCUGCUACAACUGCUGUACAGUGCUUACUUGAUAUUCCCUACAGCAUGAAGCAACUACUCUCCAAAGAGCAAUGGAAGUUCCAGUCACAGAAGUUCAUCGACUGGCUCUUCAGUAUAACUGGAGGUCCUGUGCAGAGUUUCUCCAAGAUUUCCAUCCUCAUAGCCAAGGCAACCUAAAUGGCUUUGAGAUCCACCCCAGAGUUUAAGAAGAAGUCUGUGUGGACCAGAGUGUACGGCUGGUGA